AUGAGUAAGAUUCGAAACAAUAAAAUUGUUGAACAAGAAUUAGCUGUUACUAAUUUUGAUUAUCAAAUGAAUAAUGAUAAUGAUGAUAAUAUUAAAGUAGAAGCAACUACUAGAUCUAAAAAUCAAAUGAAUUUUGAUAAUGAAGACUUAGUUGUAGAAGAAGAGCAAAUAUGA